AUGAAGGAGACGGAAUUGCUGUACUUCGACAACGCGCCCAAACUCAGUUGCCUGGCCACCGUGCUCUCCGUCGAAGGCGAGGGCGUGGUGGUUCUGGACAAGACCGUCUGCCACCCACAAGGAGGUGGGCAACCGUAUGACACGGGCUACAUGCUCAAAAAUGGCACCGGCGCCCCCUCUGCCGGCGGCCGCUGUGACGAACGAUUUGCGGACGACCGGUCCACUGAUGAAGGCGGGAGUCCGUUUGCCGGCGGGAGUCCGCCUGCUGGCGCGUCUGUGGGUGGCGGCUCCGUCUCCGGCUCCGUCCGGUUCAACAUCCGGGAAGUGCGGAUGGAUAGAGACAAGGGACUUGUGUUGCACAUCGGCGACUUCGAGGGUCGUGGCGGCGCAUUUCGGCCCGGGGAUAGCGUAGAGGUGGUGGUGGACGAAGAUAAGCGACGUUUGUAUUCCCGUCUCCACUCGGCAGGGCACCUCAUCGACGCAUGUGUGCGAUCGCUCGGCUACGACUGGGUGCCAUCGAGGGGACACCACUUCCCGGAGGGGCCGUUCGUCGAGUACACCGGAGAGACCACCGGCCUGGAUACUGUGGCAAUCAAGAACAAUUUGGACCUGAAAGCGGGCGAACUGAUUGCCCAAGACCUGCCCGUAACCAUCAAGUUAAACGUCAGCCAGGAAGACGCCGCCACCCUCUGCGGAGAGCUCGACCCCAUGUACCGAACGGCUGAAACCCUCCGACUCGUCGACGUCGGAGGCUUCAUCGGACCCUGUGGAGGCACCCACGUCCAUUCGCUUGGGGAAAUAAAGCAAAUGCAUGUGACGAAAAUUAAGCUCAACAAGUCCAAAGGCGUCAUACACGUCAAAUACUCCGUAGAAUGA